UCCAUAUAAAAACACUGUUUAUGAAGAAUUAGGCAUCAUUCAUCUGACAGCAUCCAGCUACAACACCGAAACAUGUUCGCCUUAAAGAUUGUAGCCACCCUCGCGGUAGUGUCGAUGGCCCGUGCGGGUCACUUGGGCCAGUUCUUCAGUUCCCACGCCGGGAGCUUCAGUAACGCAGCGGCCUAUAGCAGCGGGGCGGCAUACAGCGGGGCGUACGGCGGCGCACACAUCCCUAUCUUGGGAUACGAAAACAUUCAUAAUGGCGACGGAAGUUACAGAUACAGCUAUGAAACCGGCAACGGCAUAGCAGCUCGUGAGAGCGGCGCCCCUCGCGCUGCCGGCCCCGAGGGCCCCGCUGUCACCGCUGAGGGAGGUUUCUCCUACCGCGCCCCCGAUGGUCAGCAAGUCGACCUCGCCUACACCGCUGAUGAGAACGGAUUCCACCCCACCGGCUCCCACAUCCCCACUCCUCCCCCAAUCCCAGAGGCUAUCCUGCGCUCUAUUGAGUUCAACAGACAACAUCCUUCUUCUGGCGACGGUUACUACAACGGUGGUAUAUUCCACCACAAUGCUUACCACUACUAAGAAGUUUGGCUGAUAUCUGAUUUGCAACUGACUGGCGUGUUAAUGGUGUUUUGAAUUUGCCAUCUAUUUAUUACAUUUUUGUUUGAAAUUGUUAAUUUUAUAUCAAGCUUUGUGAAUUAAAGAUAUUCAAACGAUUUA